AUGGGAUCUGUUGAGCCCAAGCGCCCUGUCCGCGUGGCCGGUGCGUCGGGCGGUUUCUCUGAUCGUGUCCGUGCCAUCGAGUCGCUGGCUCGCUUCGAGGAUGUCGACGUCAUUGUCGGUGACUGGCUCUCGGAAAUGACCAUGACCAUGCACGGCACGGCCAGGGUGCGCAACCAGAACGCCAACGCCGGCAAGGAGCUGACCUGGGAAGAGGAGGUCCGCAACGCCAUGUUUGCAGAGAACUUUUUGGACUGCUUCGAGCCCGCCAUUGAGUACCUGGCCAAGAACAAGGUCCGCCUGGCUGUCAAUGCCGGUGCCUCGGACACGGAAAUCCUGGCCAAGAUUGUCCAGGCCAAGGUCGCUGAGAAGGGUUGCAACCUCAAAGUGGCCUGGAUCGAGGGUGACGACGUCACCGGCUCAGUCAAGAACCUGAUUGAGAAGGGCGAGCAGUUCCGCAGUCUGAUGCACAACAAGUCCCUCGAGGAGUGGGGCCUGGACCCCGUCUGCGCACAGUGCUACCAGGGUGGCCUGGGCAUCGCCCGCGCCCUGACCGAGGGUGCCGACAUUGUCAUCUGCGGUCGUGUCUCGGACGCCUCGCCCAUUAUCGGUGCUGCCGCCUGGUGGCACGGCUGGAAGGCCAACCAGUUCGACGAGCUUGCGGGCUCGCUGAUUAUUGGCCAUCUCCUAGAGUGCGGCUCGUACGUGGUCGGCGCCUACUGCUCGGACUUCAAGUCGAUCAUGAAGGCCGGUAAGCACAUUGACAUGGGCUUUCCGAUCUGCGCCAUCGACCACAAGGGCGAGGGUAUCAUGUACAAGGAGAAGAACCGGGGCGGUGUCAUGACGGUCAACUCGUGCACAUCGCAGCUUCUGUACGAGAUCCAGGGCCCGCAGUACUACAACUGCGACGUUACCGCGUGGCUCGAGGACAUCAAGUUUGAACAGAUUGGUGAAGACCAGGUCAAGGUGUCGGGCGUGAAGGGCUUGCCGCCGCCGCCCACCACCAAGGUUGGCAUUACGGGCUUUGCCGGCUGGCAGGCCGAGUACCACGUGUACCUGUGCGGUCUCGACAUCGAGGAGAAGUGCAGAUUCACAGAGGAGCAGAUCAAGGCGGAGCUGGGCGAGGAGAUGCUCAAGAAGUUUGACGUGCUGAAGUUUAUGCAGAACGGGUCGUCGGUGGUUGAUGCACGCAACCAAGACGUGGCCACGGUCGAUUUCCGCAUCUUUGCGCAGAGUAAGGACCACGAGCUGCUGAGCAUGCGCAACCCCAACGGCUUCUUCCGCCGCAGCAUGACCUGCUUUCUGCAGAGCUGCCCCGGUGCGUCUCUGGGCAACGACAUGCGCCAGGCCGAGGGCAAGCCGUACUACGAGUACCACCCGUCCCUGAUGCCACAGUCGGCGAUGAAGCAGCGGCUUCACCUGCUGUUCGACCACCCAACGCCGGUCAUUGAUCUGCCGCCGCCGCCCGAGUUCCGCACGUACGACCGCCAGCAGCCGACGUACGAGACGAAGAACCCCGUGGCGCUCGACAGCUUCGGCCCUACAGUGCGCAUGCCAUUGGGCCGUAUCGUGCUGGGCCGCUCGGGCGACAAGUGCAGCGACUGCAACGUCGGCUUCUUUGUGCGCCACGACGACGAGUGGGAUUGGCUGCGCAGCCUCAUGACGGUGGCCAAGGUGCGCGAGCUGCUGGGUCCCGAGGAGGAUCACGGCAAGCCGAUUGACCGUUUCGAGCUGCCCAACAUCCGCGCUGUGCACUUCCUUCUGCACGACCACCUGGACCGUGGCUACGACGCGUGCUCGACGUACGACACGCUGGGCAAGAACUGCCUCGAGUAUCUGCGUGCGAAGACGGUCGAUAUCCCGGUCAAGUUUGUCGAGCGCGGUACUGUCUAA